UCGCUAUCAGGACCCCAGCCAGGCAAGAUGGCGGAGCCCAACCAAGUCGCCGGGGAGUUUGAAAACUGGCUGAACGAGCGGUUGGACUCCCUCGAAGUAGACAGAGAAGUUUAUGGAGCGUAUAUACUCGGAGUGCUUCAGGAAGAGGAAAGUGGUGAAGAGCAAAAGGAUGCUCUUCAGGGCAUUCUCUCCGCUUUUCUGGAAGAAGACACGCUUGAGGAGGUUUGCCAGCAGAUCUUAAAACAGUGGACUGAGUGCGGCAGCAGAUCUGCAGUCGAGGGUACUCAGGCAGAUGACGAGGUUCAGGCGAUUGCCAGUUUGAUAGAGAAGCAGGCACAGAUUGUGGUCAAACAGAAGGAGGUGUCGGAGGAGGCCAAGAAGAGGAAAGAGGUUCUACUGGCACAGUAUGCUCAUGUCACAGAUGAGGAGGAUGAAGAUGAUGAGGAAGAGCAAGCUGCAGUGGGGAUACACAGUGAAAAAUCCAUGUUCAAAAACACCAAUGUCGAGGAAGUUUUGAACCGCCGCAAACAGCAGCGUGACCAGGCCAGAGAGGACGCGCAGAAGAAGAAAGAACAAGACAAGAUGCAACGCGAGAAAGACAAACUAGCCAAGCAGGAGCGCAAGGACAAAGAAAAGAAACGCACGCAGAAGGGAGAACGCAAGAGAUAGAAAGAAAACACAGCACGAAAACUUUCGUAGACAAUAUAAUACCAAGGUCAUUUACCUAGAAGAGAAAAAUGCAAUGAGACCUCAGCAAACAAUGUCCCAACUAACAAUGUAUGCAUCCAUAUCACGUUUUGGGUCCGGUAUUGCUUAUUGAAUGAUAAUGUUGGGCCUAUUUAGCUGUUUUCUUGGCUUGUGCAAAACAAAUCAAAAACCAG